UCUUCUCUCUUUCUCUCAUUGCUCUUCCUCCUCUCUUAUCUUGUUUAAUACAAGGGCACCGUUGACCAGCCAACGAGCCGACAAUGGAGUCCGACGAGAGCCCGACAGUGAUCAACGAAAUGGACUUUUUUUCAUUGGAGAAGAUCGGAGCUGAAACGGAACAGGAAGGGUAUCAGCAUCCAAUCCUUGAGCAGAAUGAUGUCACCAUUGAUACCGGACUGCAGCUUCUUUCUGGCAGUGGUAGCGAUCUCUCAUUAGGGGAUGGCUUUCCGUUAGCUUAUCGGACUAAUGAUGAAAAAAAGAGCAAAUGCUGCCAGAUGACAACCAUGAAAGCAAAGAUGAGGCAGAUCGAUGAUGAGAACCAGAGGCUAAAAAACAGUCUUGCACGGCUGAAUGAAAACUACAAUUAUCUUCACAUGCAAUUCAUUGAAGUGAUGAAUAAAAAUAAAUGCAUAAACGAAAACACCAAUCUGAGCUAUGCGGUCACGGAUGAGAAAAUGGAAUCAAACGAAGAAGGAAGAUAUAGAAUCGUGCCAUGGAAGUUCUGGCAUGAUCAUGAUGGCCGUUCGUCUGCUGAGGAAAGAUUUACUGCAGAUUAUUGUGCUUUAAAAAGCAGCUUUAAUGGAGAUCAAAAGGAAGGGAAGGAGACUCUCCCCAUAUUUUCGUCUACUUCAAUGAGCCGCGAGCAAGCACAAGAGUCCACUAUCAGGAAAGCUCGCGUUUCAGUCAGAGUUCGCUCUGAUGCUCCCAUGAUUACGGACGGAUGCCAUUGGAGGAAAUAUGGGCAAAAGAUGGCGAAAGGGAGCAAUUGUCCGCGAGCAUACUACCGAUGCACCAUGGCUGUAGGCUGCCCUGUUCGCAAGCAAGUUCAACGCUGCGCCGAGGACCAAACCAUCCUCAUCACCAGCUAUGAAGGAAAGCACAACCACCCACUGCCGCCCGCCGCCAUGUCGAUGGCCUCUACCACCUCCGCCGCCGCAUCAAUGCUUCUCUCCGGCUCCAUUUCCAGCGCCGACAGCCUCAUGAAACCGAACUUCUUAGCUCAAACCAUGCUCUCCUGUCCCUCUGGUUUAGCCACCAUCUCUGCAUCAGCGCCAUUCCCCACCGUUACCCUCGAUCUCACCCAACCACCUGAUGUGCUUCAGUUUUCGAAGCCUCCGCUACAGCAACAAAUCUACAUUCCCCAAGUUUCCGGGCAAUCACUUCAGUGUGGAGAACGAGAGGAGCUUGCUAUAGCUGAUAGAGUGAGUGCUGCUGCCGCCGCAAUCACCACUAAUCCCAAGUUCACGGCGGCGCUAGCGGCUGCCAAUUCGUCGGUUAACGGCGCUGCCCACGAAAACGGAGGUCAACCACGCGGAACUGAAGAUACCCAGAGCAACUAG